GUUUUCUAGUCGUCAACGGCAAUAGACGGCGGCGUUCGACCCAGGAAAGGCGAAAGUGCGAGUAAGAAGAAGAAGAAAAGUCGUCGAAAGUCAGUCAGAAGACGAAGGAGAAUGUUUGUCUUUUGUCGAGGUCGGAACGAUCGCUGUAAGCGAUAGUCUUUGCGAAUAAAAGCGAGGAGGAUGGCCGAUCGCGAAGAGGACGACGAUGAAGAGAAUGAGGAGGGGGAUGGGGUGGAAGGGGUGAAGAAGGAGAACAAGAUGGUGUUGAGGAGGAGUCACGAGAGGAUGAAGGAGAGGAAGGAGAAUAAGGAGCCGAAGGAGACCGACGAGUUUACUACCGACGAGAAUCUCAGGAUAUUCGAGACUCUUUGCAUCUCGUCUCCUCACAAGUUGGACACAGGAGAUGCGAUGACUCACGAUUUGACGACGACGUUGAGGAGCGAACUGGCAGCUCUCGAAUACAAACGAGAUAGGUUGAUGUUCGAGCUGCAGGAGAUGAAGAACACCGUCAGAUCAAGAGACCAAAGGGUCGGAGAACUUCAGGUGGAAGCUGAUCAGUUGAGGGAACAAGCUGCCAGACAGAAUUCUAUCAUUUCCAGUCUUAAGAAACUCAUAAAGGAAUUGGAAGAGCGUGAGAAAAAUCUUUAUGCGUCUCAAGGAAGAAAUGAAAUUUCGAUACAAGGAUUACAACGAGAUGUUAAGUAUCACGAAGAAAAGGUCAGAGAAUACGAGAAGAAAAUUCGACAACUUGAGCAUAAUUUAUCCGAAGAGAUACAAUUAAAAGAAAGAGCGAGAUUAAAUCUUCAGGAUUUUGUACGGCGUCUGGCACACGCAUUGAACGUCGAGUACUGUGAAACGGUUCACCAUAGUCCGGAAGUGGUUAUCCACAAGGCGGAAGAAUUAGUGCAAGAAGUAAAUCGGUUGCGGAACAGGAGUACUACAAUCGAGACGCAACUUAGCGGUAUUGAGAAUGAUUUUCGAAAUUGUAAAGACGCGCUAAAUCGUCUUACAACUGAAAAAGAACAACUUCAGAGGCAAAUGUCUACACAACUGGUUGAUUUGGAACGCUUACGGCAGGAUAAAGAAUGUUUAGAAAUGCAGCAUAGAGUAGCUGAAAGAGAGAUAAACGAUUUACGAGAUAAAUUGGUGAAUGCUAACAGAAAUAUAACAAGUGCUACGGGAAACAUAUCUAAUCAGGAAGCAAUGAUCUGCCAAUUACGAGACGAUUUGAAGAAUCGCGAAGAAAAAGAGCAACGCCUGCAAACAGAACUGAGACACUUACUGGAAUCUUUAGCAAUUCUUUUGAGUACACCGAGUAGAUUUGUGGAAUCUCAUGAAAAUGCGAUAAAGGAUAGGAUUAGAGAGAUCCUUGACGAGAGCAAAGAUCAAGCACUGAAAAUUCAAAGUCUACGAGAGAAGGUGAACUCUGCCACGGAAUCUGCCAAUCGUCAAAGCGAAAUGCUCGAGACGAGUAUGAUGAAGAUGCGACAUUUAGAAGAGGAACGAUCCAGUCUCGAGGCAAAGAUACACAAAUUGGAGACUGAAUUAACCAGUUGUGAACUUUCCAAAGAAUCUUUACGUAGAGACAAACAAACGUUCACGACGUUUCUCGAUCGAUUGGGAAAAGCCAUGCAGAUCGAGGAAAUUUCGGAAGACGUCGGAAUCGAAUUACAAACCGAAUCCUUACUUGUACGAGCCGAACAACUUGCCAGAUUAGAAACGGAUAAAUUAGUCGAUAAGACGUCUGUGGUCUAUCAAUUGCAACGACGUGUGAGAACCCUUAGGGAGCAACUACAGAGGCGAGAUCUUCACUUGGAUCUACUGCGAAGAAAAUUGUCUCUUCAAGAGGACAGUGUGAGAAUAAAAACGUUGUUACAAAGUGAGAGAGACGAAGCAAAUCUCCGGGCGAAAAAAUUAACAAAACAGGUGGAACGAACACAAUCACAACUGUUAGAAGAAAAAUCACGAAAUCGAGAACUGAGUGCUCAAUUAACAGAAGCGGCUGAUUACAAGAUAGCGGCAUUGGAAAGGAGUAGGAAAAUAGAAGAGCUCCAGAAACGUCUUGUAGAAAGCGAGAUGUUGAGAACGCGUUACAGUAGAAAGCUAUCUAUGUUGAAAGAGCAAAUGAGAACGACAUCUGAAACGGCUGAUCAAGAAAGAUCUAUCAACGAUCAUUCUUUACAACUCCUUAGAGAUGAAUUGGCUCAAGUGAAACAAAAUCUCGCCGAAGUUACUAGAAGGGAAUCUCAGUUGCAGAGCUUCCGUGUCUCCGUAGCGAAAUUAUUGUCGGAGCCAAUCUGCACUCCGGAUUACGAGAUCAUUACGCGACUGCAGAAAAUGGUUGCAGCUCAUCGCGACUUCACCAUGCUCUCCCGUAGAUACGAUGAACCGUUGGAAGCGAGUCCCUCAAGGUGCACAAGCAUUCAUCCGAUCCAUUCGGUGCAUCCACCGAGAUCACCCGGUUCUCGAUGUACCCGUUACGAAGACAGCGGAUUUGCAGAUCCACCAGAUUUGCACGAUAUCGAGGAGGAUUUUAACAAGAGACCAGUAAGGAGCAGCCUACUUCCGUGACGUCGGCCAAGAUUCAACGUUUGAACGGUUGUCUGCUUGAAUCAAUGACGACAGCAUCUGAUCGUCGAUCUCCUCUUCUUAUUAGAUUUAUAUACGAAUGAAACGAUGCGUAAAGCGAACCGUUUACUUCGUCUAAACGGACGACUUCUACAGUCGUUUUCCUGGAACUUCUAAAAAGACUUUUCUUGCAUACGAAUACAACAUACAAGACAUUAUCCUGUCACGUUCAAUCAAAUAAUUCAUUUUUUCGUGAUAAGAAAUAAUGUUCAAAUAUAUAGAUGAUAGGGUAAGUUCUAACUCAAAGUUUUAAUUUACAAAUAUAAAAUUGAACAUUUAACUAAUACAAAUAAUCGAACAUUCGUAUUGUAUAUUUGUAUUGGCAUCAAUCUAGAAUAAUUAUUUAUUAUUCUUUAGAAAUAACUCUGUAAUGUAACUUUUUAUACGAAGAAUUAUUUCUAUUUAUACCCAAAUUCUA